AUCUCAAUUUUACUUUGUAGUUAUAGUUAAACUUAACAUUACAUGGAGAAGAGAAGAACAGAGAUCAUCAAAGAAGUUUAACGACCACCACCGGAGACUAAGAAAUGGCGGGAGAGACUCUACUUAAACCGGUGCUUCAAAAACCACCAGGCUACCGUGAGCUCCACUCGCAACCUCAAACUCCACUCGGUUCAUCUUCAUCAUCAUCAUCAAUGCUUCGUCGCCCACCAAAACAUGCCAUUCCUGCGGCGUUUUAUCCGACGAAGAAGAGACAAUGGAGUCGUUGCCGCGUCUUUUGCUGCUGCGUCUGCAUCACCGUCGCCAUUGUCAUUCUCCUCCUUAUCCUCACCGUCUCCGUUUUCUUUCUUUAUUACAGCCCGAGACUCCCCGUCGUACGUCUCUCCUCUUUCCGCGUCAGCAAUUUCAACUUUUCCGGUGGGAAAGCCGGCGACGGUUUAUCGCAGUUGACGGCGGAGGCUACAGCGAGGCUUGAUUUCAGAAACCCUAACGGGAAGUUACGUUACUAUUACGGUAACGUUGACGUGGCGGUGAGUGUAGGAGAAGAUGAUUUCGAAACGAGUCUCGGGUCAACGAAAGUCAAAGGAUUUGUGGAGAAGCCAGGGAAUCGGACGGUUGUGAUUGUUCCGAUAAAAGUGAAGAAGCAACAGGUGGAUGAUCCGACGGUUAAGAGGCUAAGAGCGGACAUGAAGAGUAAAAAGUUGGUGGUGAAAGUGAUGGCUAAAACGAAGGUAGGAUUGGGUGUGGGAAGGCGUAAGAUUGUUACGGUGGGGGUUACUAUCAGUUGCGGUGGCGUGAGAUUACAAACGCUUGAUUCAAAGAUGAGUAAAUGCACCAUCAAAAUGCUUAAAUGGAUUAAAUUGCACUCAUAAGUUAUGAUGAUUGAUUGAUGUGUCUUUAUUUUUUUGGUCGGGAUUCAAAACGUUUAAAGAUGUGGCAAGAGUUCAGCUUUACGAAAGAUCACUGUGUAUGUAUGUAUUAUUUGUGUUUUUCUUCUCCCUUCUUGUUUUCACUUUUCACUUUCAUAUAAAUUACGAUCCAAUAUUCUCAAUCAUUUUUACAUCAUCUAACAAAGGUGCAUAACA